AUUAUUCAUGACAGUCUAACAACACUAUACGAUGCUGUCUAAGACUUUUAAUGCAUUCACGGUCAUUUUGGCUUGUGGUGUAAGUUGGUAUUGUGGACAGAAUUUCUGGAAACCACUUAUUAUUGAAAAAUUGCGAGAAAAUGGUGCUUUAAGACAAGAUAUUGAUAUACCUAAUGUCGAUGAUAAUAUACCUGAAAGUAUUCAAGAUGUUAAGAAUCAAAUUAGAAUAGCAUUAAAUCUCGAGGAUGAAGCUGCCAAACAGCAAGAAAUGAAAAAUAGUGUAGCAUGGGCAAAAAUACGAAAAGAAAAAGGAAUCAGUACUGACUCUGAAGAAUAAUGGAGUUAAUAAUUCACAAUCUAUCAUCUAAUAGAAUAUAUAAUUCAUGUACAUAGUCUAUAUCAAUAAAUUUAUUGACUUUAUUUUGAAGGGUAGUC